AUGUCUGACGCCGAUACACUCCACAAUGCCGCUUCCUCCGCUGCGCCAGUAGAACAGAAAAACGAUUCUGCAGACCUCUUCGGAGGAAUGAAGAAGAAGAAGAAAGACAAGAAGAAGCUCGACCUCGACCUCGACCUUGACCUCGACGAGGAAGACAACCAGGAGGACACCGCCGAUGCCGAGCAGUCCAACGCAGCAGCCGCGGAGGACGAUGAGCUCAACUUUGGCGAGUUGAAGAAGAAGAAGAAAUCCAAGAAGAAGGUCGCACUCGACCUAGACGCCUUCGAAAAGGAAAUCGGCGAGGCCGAUGAUCAAGCAGACGAUGGAGCAGAGCCCACCAACGAUGCAUACGCCGACGUGGAUGACGAGGAACUCGGCGAGAAUCCUUUUGCUCAAGACGAAGUAGACGACAUCGACGCAGCGCCAAAAGAUGACUCGAUUGAAGCAUGGCAGGGCACAGACCGCGAUUACACAUACCAGGAGCUCCUCGGCCGCGUCUUCAAGACGCUUCGUGCACAGAACCCCGCCCUCUCCGGCGACAAGAAGAAGUUCACCAUGGUCCCGCCUCAGGUCGCCCGAGAUGGUUCCAAAAAGACCGUAUUUGCCAACGUCGUCGACAUUUGCAAGCGUAUGCACCGUCAGCCAGAGCACGUCAUCCAGUUCCUCUUCGCUGAGUUGGGUACCAUUGGUUCCGUCGACGGCUCCCAACGUCUCGUCAUCCGUGGUCGUUUCCAGCCCAAGCAGAUCGAAAACGUUCUUCGAAGAUACAUCACCGAGUACGUCAUUUGCAAGACUUGCAAGCGUCCAGAGACCAAACUCACAAAGGAGAACCGUAUUUUCUUUGUCACCUGCGAAAAAUGUGGUUCUCAGCGUUCCGUCAGUGCUAUCAAGAGCGGUUUCCAGGCUCAAACUGGCAAGCGUUCAAAGACUAGGGCUGCUGCAGGUGCGUAA